GUAACUCCCCCUUUCCCCAAGAAUAAACAGCAGUUAGUACAACACCAUCGGAAUCGCGUCUACUCCAAAGCUGAACGUGGCCAAAACUUUCGGGCCACUCUGAAAAAACACCAAAACACACGGACUGGACCUCUAGCAGUGGGAUAGACGCGAAGGAGAGUAAACAUGGGGACGGUGAAUGUGUGCGUAAAAAGGGGCUACAUAACCGUGGCGAGCCUCAUAGCGAUUCUCAGUGGAUUGUUGCUGGCCAUCACUUUGUUCAGUCACGGAUACUUCCACGAGGAUGAAGAGAUUGAGAACAUUCUUCCAGGGCUUCAAGUCAUGUAUGCGACUUCUAUUAUUACAAUCCUCCUCGUCACCACUGGCUUGUACGGAGUCUGUAAAAGAAAGAAGUGGAUGUUAAUAUGUUACAUUGUUGGCAUGACGCUGUGCUGCAUGUUAAUGGGAGUAUUGGACAUUCAAGGAGUGGCAGUGAGACCGAGGGUAGUUCAAGAAAUUAAGGCCCAUUAUUUGAGUGUAAUUCCCUUGUCAAACGCCAGUAAAGAGGACAUAGAUGGCAUUAAUGAGCUGCAAAUAGACCUGCAGUGCUGUGGGAUGUAUGAGGGCUAUCAGGACUGGGGCUACAACAUCUCAGAGGCUUGUCUCUGUGUGGAAGAUGCAGUUCACCCAUGUGUGGCAGCUCCAAGAAACAGCAGUUUGUUUGAAAAUGUAAAAACAGAUGACCCCAUAAUGAUUUAUAAAGAGCCUUGCAUCACCUACCUGGCAGCCCAUGCGUUGUUUGCCAUAGAUGUGUUAUUAGGAGUAAUACUGGGUACACUAUUACUAUGGGUAAGUACUGUUGAACUUUUGAACUGUCAGAAAUAUAUGGUAAGCUUAAAGGUCCUAGAUUACCCCCAAAAAAGAAAAUGUUAUAUGCUGUUAUCUCAUCAAAAACAUACCUGGAGUUGUGUUUUGUUGCAUUCACACAUGUUUGAGUAAUCCUUUGUUUUUAGUUUGUCUACAUCUCUGAAGCUCAAAAUACUCUGUUCGCCCCGUGAUGUCAUGAAGCUGUAGUUUUGUAGUGUAGUUUUUUUCUGUCUGAGAGAAGAACUCAGCCUCCUUAUGCAGGUUUUGUGUGUGAAUGAAACAAAACACAACUCCAGGUCUCUUUGUGAUGAGGAAACAUUACACAUUAUAACACAGAUGAGAAAAUAUCAUAAUAUGGACCGUUUAAACAUAAUGCUACUUGGUGUCUGUGUUUUUGUCUUGUCCACUUUUCAUUUCAUAGCUCACUUUAAAACUUCCUUCCUUCCUUUGUGUGUGGCUGUGUGUUCCCUUUGGUUUCCUCUUGCCAAAAGACAUUUAUAGUUUUAGACAGUAAUCUUUUUUAGACACUUCUAUAUAAAUCACUGAAGGGGGAAGUAAUAGUGUGUUUAUAAGUAUGAAAGGUUUGUCUCAAUAAAACCAUGAAGUCGUGAAAUACAUACCAUUGUACCACCAGUGCUAUUAUUAAAAGGCUAAAGCUGAAUCCUUACUACCAGCUUUGCAUACUGUAGGUGUGUCCUGUAGGGUUUUUAUGACAGUUCCGUCCUUGUCAAGGUAAAUGUGGUUGGUGAUGAUCAGAGUGUGGUGUGGAAAGGCAGCCACUAUUCUGUCAGUUCACCCCAGGGCAGGGCAACAACAGUUCUUCAUCACCUCCUCUUAAUAAUUUAGAACUGCAUAACUGUUUUACAAAGCAUGUCAAGCCUGAAAAACACAAUACAAAUUUGAUCUUUACUUGCCUAACUUACUGUUAACGUAUAAUAAAUGUAUUCUUAUGCUUUCAUCUUUUCAUUCAGGGACCCUUAUUCCUGUAUCUAUGUAUUUAGAAAUAUUCAAAAGAGAAAAUGUAAUCAGCGUGAUUUGGUCCAAUAUCCAACUAUAUCUAUUCUGUCACUAGAAAACUGCAUAUUGCCAAAUUUGCCUAUAUACAUAAAACACCAUAGGACUAGAAAAGUAUGUCUAAAGUCAUGUCUGCCUGCCCCCUUGUGUUUGAUUUUAACACUACACCCUUUAUUUACUUGAGUUUAGUUUAUGGGUUUAUUUUACAGCAGAUUGAACUAAAACUUAUUUCCAUCUGCAGUCUCCGGGCAGGUUAAGAAAAAAUUACAGGAUAGCCACAAUUUUAAAAGUCUUAAAAACAUCUUAAAUUUCAUGUUUAUAAAUUAAGGCCUUAAAAAGUCUUAAAUUAUGUUCUCCAAGUCUUAUUUUUUUCAUAAAGGUUAAAUUUCUUAAGCCUAUUUUUUGUAUACUCAACCGGGCCACAGUGCAAUGUUAAAUGGAGGGACAAAAAAAAACAUAAAUAUAUUUUGAACAUUAUAAAUUAUUUUUAAAUUUUUGGCCAUUUUACAAGCAAUGCAUACUACUAUAAAUGAGUUGUGAAUGAGAUUUUAUAGUAGUAUUUUUUGCUAUUUAAAGCAGCGAGUAAUGGUCAAUAUUAGAAUUGGAUCUGGUGUUUUUCGCCCGCAUAAUGGGUGCGAUGUUGGUCUUAAUUUUCAUAUAAGUGGUCUUUAAAGAGUCUUAAAAAAGUCUUAAAUUUGGGGUAGUCAAACCUGGGGAUACCCUGAAUUACAGCACAUCCAAGUAUCCAUCUAUUUACAAUCAAACCAUGCCUUCUCCCAUUAUUUCAUUUAAAAACAUCCCGCUCCACAUUUCCACAUUUAAAAUUACUCAAACACUAAGUCAGAAAUGACUUUAUAAGCUUUCACUUGUGUAUUUUUACGUAUCAAACACACUGACUUAUACUACCCAACCAGCAUGCUGCAGGUUUGAAUUCAGUGAGCACUAGGGAUGGAAGAAGACCAUUAUUAUUAUUACCAUUGUUGGUUUGUUUAUGUUAUACUACUAAGCUAAAAUAGUUACUCAUUAUCCGCACUUGUAAAUUGUUCAUAUAGUUUAAUGCAAAAUGUCUGAAAAAUGCAAAAGAUAGCUCAUUGUGUUAGAUUAGAAGAGUGGGGGUGGGAUUAAAUAAAUUUUCCUCUUCCCACUCCUUUUAGGGCAAAUUUUUUGUUGUGGUUAUUUUCAUUUCUAUUACGAUUUCACUUAUGUUAUAUGUUCCAUUGUAUAAUAAUGUAAAUCUUUAGUUGCUUAAAAUAAAUACAUAAAAUUAAAGAAAAUAAAAAAUAAGAUCUCAUUCUCCAGAUCUCAUUAGACCAAAUUAUCACAAGUGAGAUUUUGUGUGGAUAACAAGAGGCUAAGUGGUGGUGAGAUGCACCUCUUGAGAAAAUGCAGAGCUACAAUGAUAACAAAAAUAUAUAGUAUAUAUAUAAAAAUGUAAAUUAUUAGGCCCAAAUUGUGAACUGGAUUGCACAUUUUAUUUAUUGCAAAUUAUGUCAAAAUCUCAUCAUGUCUUGUUCUUCUAGACCUAAUCUCAUAUCUCGUUUCGUCUUGUGGAAAUUUAUUAUACUGUUUCUCUUUGUUAUUAUAAUACACUCUGAGCUACUGUGUCCAGAUAAUUUCCCUUGUGGAUCAAUAAACUUUGUCUAAGUCUAAGAGAUUGUGUCUCGUCCCACCUGUAGUGAGCAUAUACUGAUCGUCUCUCCUCUCUUC